CAUCUUCAUUCUGCACCUUGAAUGAGCUCGACUGCAAUGCCAUGGCCGUCUCAACGAGGCUCUCGGGGGCACACGCCAUUCUCCUAGCUACCUCUCUCUGCGCCAGGAGCGAUACCUCCUGUCUCCCGCAAUUACAAGCCCAAUUUCCCAACGCCCUCCCAACAGAGCGACUACUACGUAUCAUCCUCACCUUUCUCCCAGAGAGUACAGAGCCGCAGACUUAUAUACCUGUCCUUCAAACACUGGUGGACGGUCUAUCCUCUCCGUUGAAUCAUGAUGGUGUGGAUACUUCUCCAGUAAAAGAGCUGUCCGAGGCGGCGGCGAGGAAACGUGUACGGAAGAUACGCCUGCUACCACUAAAGUACCCCGGUGACGAGGAUAGCGAAGAAUCGAGUGAUAUUUUAACGCAGUUCCUAAUUCAUCGAGCACAUCGAAUCGAUUCAGAGACCUCGCUCCAACCCCUCAUCUUAGACUUGUUUCUCCCCUUCUACCAGCGAUCCCCACCUCUGCGAACAUGGCUCGUUUCGUGUUUACUGCCUUUGCUCCGACUGAACUACGAGUAUUACCCCGAUCAGGAAGAGUCAUUUUCCAUAGAAACACUGGAAGCAUUGGACGAUCACACCGCCACAAAUGUUCUCCUCUCGAUGGCUGGCACCCACAAGAGCGACAUGGACCUAAUCCAGAACCUGCGUGGGCUUGUUGGCCCUUGGAUGUAUGGCAAUACCCGACCAAGAAGACAAAGGUUCAACCAACUCGCCCGCCAAAAUCUGAUUACGAUCCCCCAAAAUGAUGAUGACCAACGGGAGGUUGAAUAUUCUGGAUGGGAAUAUGUAAACGAAUGGCUCUUGUCACACAGUCUAGUAGACCCGGAAGCUACAGUAAGCGCUUUUGUGAACUGGGACGGACCAGAGGAUAUAGAUUUUGGGGGCUACGUCGGGGAAACUGAGCUCGCACACAGCGAUCAGCUACGUUAUCGAUAUGGACAAACCGGGCUAUCUGUGGUUUACUCUAGUAAUGAGCUGUCCUUGGAUGGAUCUAUCCGAAUUCUGGGCCGUGUUGCAAGUCUUCUUGGCUUGGAGACUUCCUUGUUCCUUACACCUGACAGUCUAACCCUUCCCUCAGUGACAUUUGACGCCAGUCGUCUUCAAUCGGCUACCAGAGCGUCUUUAUUUCAGAACGCUCUUCUCCUGUCUACAAAUCCACUGACGUACCCUGCUGCCUCCUCAAUUUCUUUCCUGGGCGCCCUUCUUCUUUCGCUACGCGUGCUUAGUGAACUAGGGCAUCCUAUCCCUUGCAGGACAGCUGCCAGCAUCUGUCUCCAUAGCAGUCAGGACAUGCAACUGUUUGAGUUGCGCAGUGUCGUGGCGUCUGCGGUGAAACACACAAAGUCUGGACGCGACUGGAGCAAAGUCCGCGAGCAACUACUAUGGCUGCGAGAUUGGACAUCAAAUGCCUUGGGCAAAUCUGCAAAUCCAGACUGCCAUGGCCUCUUCUGGAGAAUCUCACCAGAUGCCCUAGAAGCAGAGAUCUUAAAGGCGUUCCUAGAAGUCAGAGAAUACGACCUUGCGGUAGCCAUCUACCUAAACCCUAACUCUUCUCUGAGCCCAAUUCAGGUGGAAGAUGCCGCCAAAGAAGCCAUAUUCGCAGCUUACGACAACGCAAGCAAUGGCAAUAGAACACGAGGCAAAAUGCAAAGAGCAUAUGAAAUCCUGCAAGCUUUUAAGCCUCAAUUCCCUGAUUCCACUCCGCUCAAACAGGCCAAUGCUCUCAUCUCCGCUACACAUGCCCUCUCUUUCUAUUCUCUGACCCUUCAGCACGGCGUUCCUUUCCAGCCGGUGAGCAUUCGGGUCCACCCCGAUCCUCUCUCCUUGAUCGAGAAGGUUCUCGAUCAGAACCCCAAGAGCUACACAAAACUCGACGACCUUCUAAGCAUCGGACGAAACCUAGUCACAGCUGGUUUCUCUGCACGCCCAACGGACGACGACUCCCAAUAUACGCGCCGCCCCAGAAUCUCCCAGGAAGACGCCGUCGUCAUCGCCGAACGCCGCAUAAUGUCCCUGGCCAUCUCAUCCGCUCUCUCCUCCGACGACUUUGGCACUGCCUACUCCUAUAUCCUCACCCGCCUCACCCCACCAUCUUCCAUCCCAACCUCCUCCCCUCUCACCAACCCAGCCAUCAAAGAUGACAUCACCUGGCGCGCCGUGUACAACGCCGGUCGGUACCGCGCCCCCGUGUCCUCCACGCCCACCCUCCUCCAAACCCAAAUCGCGCAACUCACGCAACGCAUGGAACUCUUAUCGCUAGCCCUCACCCUCACUCCCACCCCAGACCCGCUCCCGGAAAUCCUCGGCGCCUGGCGCCGCUGCGACGAGGAACUUUCGGGCCUCCGCGCGCGCGAAUCAGAAGAAGCAGAUCUCUGGGACACCAAGGGCGACACCACCGCAACAGCCCCCAGCACCGUGCCGGGAGGUUUCGGUCCCACAGACAACGAGCAAGACCUCUUCGAAACAAAACAACAGCACGCUCGACGCGCAGCCCGCGCACACCAAACCCGCGUCCACCACGACGAAGCACCCAUGGGUCUCUUUGAAGUCGCGCGUGGCGCCGCGCUAGCACUCCACAGGAACACAUUACCGCUCCGUACCGCCGCAUCAGAUUCGUUUUCGCCUGCCCUAUCCACGGCUCCUGGUCAUUCUCGAUCCGGAUCCGCCGCUGAAGAUGGCGCCGAAAACGAACCCGGUCGGGUCCGCAAACGAGACGUGGUCAGUAAUAUGGUUACGGGUGGAUUGGCGAGCGGGAUCGGCUGGGUUUUGGGUGCGCAGCCUGUGAACAGGCAAUAGGGAAGUAGGUUUUUUUUUUUUUUUUUUUUUUUUUUUUUUUU